AUUUAACCCAGAAAUUAUUUUGUAGGCUAACGGGAGAGCUCAACUCGACAAGAACAAGACUCACAGCUGCCGCUGUUCGUAGACAAAGCCUUACCUUCCUCCCCUUGGAUCGAUCGCAAUCAACUGAUUUGGAUCCAUUAGUUGCAGAAGAUCCGAUCAGACGCCGUUCGAAGCUAUGGCUGGAUAUUCCUCCAAUGCUUCCGAGAAGAAAUCGUCUGACGCGGUCGACGAUAUACCGAUCUUGAAUGCUGAAAAUUUGCAAAACAACUUGAAGAUUAUAUACUACAGCCGGACGUUUUUGUCUAUUAUUGGUGGAGUAAUUGCUGGAAUUUUGGGAUUCACUAGCCUGACUGGAUUUAUAUUCUAUUUCCUAGUCAUGGCAAUUACUUCAAUUGGACUUGCAGCUAAGGCUGGAUUCUCCUUUCAUUCGUAUUUUGAAAGCUGGAACCAGAUUCUACUUGAUGGCUUUCUGAGUGGCCUUAUGUCCUUCGUGCUCUUCUGGACAUUUGCCUACGAUAUCGUUCAUAUAUUCUGAGUCAAGAAUGCUGGUAGGAAUUCGAAUUCGAAAGUAGCUGCAGGUUCCAGUACACUUCUACCGAAGACUCGGAGUUAACGACUUUUGUCCUUGGAAAUAAUUAUUAGAUUGAGUUAUGUCUUUUGGUUCCAUUUCGAUUCCUAAUGAAAUCGUGACACAUUCAUUUAUAAUCCUUCAUUACUAUGUUAGAAUCUGUUAAGGUUUGUAAGAUUAGAAUGGGAAUAGAUUUUGUUUAUUCCUUUUAGUUUUACCAGUUCUUGAGAUUCAUCAGAAAAUGUGAAA